GUCUGCCCUGCCCAAGUCCGGGUCCCCGAGAUCGUCGAACAGAGCGGCGGCGCGGCGGCGGCGUGGUGGGAGAAGAGCCAGCGAGCGCGGGGUUCAGGCUCGCCGAGGGAGAGGAAAGAAGGAGUUCCGGCCAAGAUGCCGCUGUACGACUGCAUGCUCAUGGUGAAGCCGAUGGUGACCAAGGAGGCCAUCGCGGAGCUCGUGGCGCGGGUGGCGGCGCGCGCCUACCAGCGCAACGGCGUCGUCACCGAUCUCAAAUCCUUUGGCAAGGUGCACCUCGGCUAUGGCAUCAGGAAGCUCGACGGCCGCCACUUCCAGGGUCAACUUUUGCAAAUGACCAUGAUGGUUCCACCUUCCUUUACUCAAGAACUGCACUAUCUAAACAAGGAGGACCGUCUGCUUCGCUGGUUGGUGGUGAAGCACAGAGAUGCGGUGUAUGGUCUGGAGUUCAUCAACGAGGAUGACGGGAGGUACGAGAUGAACAGUUACCACCGUAACAGUAGUAGCAUUCAAGAUGACGAUGUUGAUGAAUAUGACGCCGAUGACGAUGACGAUGACGAUGAUGACGAGUACGAUGUCGAGGAGGAGUAGAUUGGUGUCUCAAGAUCUCUCGCAAACUCUAUGUGUUGUCUUCCCAAUAUUUGUUGACUAAAGUAGGGUAACAUUUUGAACCAUUGAACUUUGCUGUUUUUCAAAACAACCUGGAGCACCUGAAA